GUACAGCUGGCGGAAAUGCCCCGUUCGGUCUGUUUAUUCCACUUCCUGUUAACCGAAGUUCUCAGCAUGGCAACUGCAACGACCUCGGUUGGCCAAGAUCAACCGACCAAGGUAGAUUCUCCACCCGUCGUGUUUGAUUUGUCCCAGCCUCCGGUUAUCGAGGGAUUCACCCCGCUGCCCAGACCAAAGGAGGAGAGUUUUAAAGACAAAUUCAUCAGGAAGACCAAAGAGAACCCAUUCGUCCCUAUAGGUUGUUUGGGAACAGCAGGAGCAUUGAUCUACGGCCUCAGCGCCUUCAGACGGGGCAAAACUCGACAGUCCCAGCUACUAAUGAGAGCCCGUAUCUUCGCUCAAGGCUUCACCGUCGUCGCUAUUAUAGUGGGUGUAGCUGCCACAGCACUGAAACCAAAGCAGUGAAGAGAAGACAGCAGACCCUGUCUGACCACACUGACAAGCGCCUUAUAUGGUCGAAGGGUGAAAUGUGAUGUGAAUAUGGAAUGAACAGAACUUUAAAUGGCAGUUGUUAGCAUUUUGAUUUUCUUUACAGAACAAGGCCCCUGUGUAAGAACUCAUAAUACAUCGACAGAUGGCACUGUUUGCAAACUUUGUCAUUUUGGCACACAUUUGAAGGCAUAGUUCAUCCCAAAAUGAAAAAUCUGUCAUCAUUUACACACCCUCAAGCUGAGCCAAACCUAUAUGAGUUUCUUUCUUCUGUUAAGCACAAAAGAAGAUAUUUUGAAGAAUGUUGCUAACUACACAUCUGACCAAUUCCUUUGACUUUCAUAGUAAGGAAAAAAUAUAUAAUGGAAGUCAGCUGUUUGGUUACGCACAUACUUCAAAGUAUCUUCUUCUGUGCUUAACAAAAGAAACUCAUACAUGUUUGGCACAACUUGAGAGUGAGUAAAUGAUUAUUUUCGUUUUUGGGUGAACUACCCACUAUUUCAUUUAAAAGAAUCACAAAAUUGUCUGGUUGUCAGGAAUAGUUCCUGUUUUCCAUGUUGUUGACCAUUGUGAAACAUUACAUUGCUUUUUUUUUUUACCUCAAUUUUCUGUAUGUAUUUAUAAAGACUACUUGGAGUGCGAUGUAUUGUAUGCAAAUAUAAUGAGAAUUCUUGAUAUUAACUUAAAUACCCAAGUGUAAUAAAUGUUCUCAUUUUUGAAGAGUCACAAUAAAAAUGGUCUAAAUGCA